CUCUUGCUCAUGGAAUUCUACCAUGGAAGAAGGAGAUCUCUUUUCAGUUUUGUGGAUGAAGAGAGACAUGCAAUAGUACCAUCACCUUCACCCUCUCACGUAUCCAUGGAAGACGAAAGCCCAGAAUCACCAUGGACACUCUCCCCUCUUCAAACCCCCUCUCCCACUCUGCUUUAUCACUGCAUAGCCUCUCUCCACCGCCACGAGGGCAACAUAUAUUCCAUCGCUCUUUCCAAGGGACUAGUCUUCACCGGCUCCGACAGUAACCGAAUUCGUGCGUGGCGGCAACCCGACGGCAUCGAGCGGGGGUGUCUCAAGGCCAAUUCCGGCGAGGUCCGGGCCAUUUUUGCCUAUUCUAACAUGCUAUUUACUACGCAUAAAGAUCACAAAAUCCGAGUUUGGAAUUUCACGGCGUCAGAAUCAGAUAGCUUUCGGUGCAACAAGGUCUCCUCCCUUCCCAAAAGAAGCUCAUUUCUUUUGUUCCCAAAAAGGACAAAAACCCACAAACACAAGGAUUGUAUUUCCUGCAUUGCUUAUUACCACGCAGAAGGGCUAUUAUACACAGGCUCCCACGACAAAACAGUCAAAGCUUGGCGGAUUUCGGAUAAAAUAUGCGUUGACUCCUUUAUUGCACAUGCAGAUAAUGUAAAUGCAAUAUUGGUUAGCCAAGAUGAUGGUUGCGUUUUCACAUGCUCGUCUGAUGGGUCGGUUAAAAUAUGGAGAAGGGUAUACAGAGAAAACUCUCACACCCUCACGAUGACUCUCAAAUUCCAGCCAUGCCCAGUUUACACAUUAGCCUUGAGUUCCUCCUUCAACACUUGCUUUCUCUACUCAGGCUCCUCAGACGGCAGCAUUAACUUCUGGGAGAGAGAGAAAAUGUGCUACAGAUUUAACCAUGGAGGAUUCUUGCAAGGCCAUCGAUUUGCUGUUCUUUGCCUUGUGGCUAUUGAGAAGCUGAUAUUUAGUGGGUCGGAGGACUCGACGAUUAGGGUUUGGAGGAGAGAGGAGGGGAGUUGUUUCCAUGAAUGUUUGGCGGUGUUGGAUGGACAUAGAGGGCCUGUGAGAUGCUUGGCUGUUUCUUUGGAGAUGGAAAAGGUUGUGAUGGGGUUUUUAGUGUACAGUGCAAGUUUGGACCAGACUUUUAAGAUUUGGAGGGUUAAGGUUUUGCCUGAUGAAAAACGCAGCAGCUUUGAUUAUUUGGACCAAAGCGAUUGCAGGAUGAGCCCUGUGUUGUCUCCCUCGUGGGUAGAGAAGAAGCUUCAAGUUGAUCAUGACUAAUCACAAAUGUUUUUCACAUCUUUUCUCUUUAAUAUAUAUAAUCGAGUAAUGCUAUUUGGAUUUUUAAUAUAUGCUGCAUGUG